GCCUGCCCCGCCUCCUUCUCCCCCUGGCUGAUGACCCACUCCCACCCCUCCCUCGUCCGCUGUACGAUCCCCCUCGCCGUCUGCUCACUCACCACCCCUUCUUCCCAACUAAACACCACUCUGCACCCUCCUCCCUCUCGUCCCUCAACAUCAACCCCCAACACAUCUGCCAACAUAACACCACUACUCCCCCUCAUAGGCUGUGCGAACGUUCCCUCCUGGGGCACCCACCCACCCUCGACUUCGGACGCAGCAAACCGCACAUGCCUGAGAUUUGACAGCGCAAAACUGUUCCUCCCCUCGGUGGACUGCAGGUGCUUGGCAUGAUACUGGAUCAGCGAGGUAUAAGAGAGCAGGUUCACCAGUCCCCAACCUCGGAUGCCUGCGUCUAGCAACGGACGGUCUUGGAGCGCUUUGCUGCAGGGGGUACAUGCUGCCCAGAAGGAGGCUAGCGUAGGGGGGAAGGAGCUAGGAGGGCAGUGUUGGUGUACUGGGCCGACGUAGCUGCCCCCUAUUGGGGGUGGUUGGGAGGAGUGC